UCGCUCGGCACCCGCCGGAGAGCCCGCCUCGCCAGCCUCCCCCUUCCCCCCGCUCGCUCGCUGGCUCGCUCGCCCCUUCCCUCCCCUUCCCCUGCCUCCCUCCCCGGCUCCCUUCCCCUGCCGCCGCCACCCUCCCAUCACCUCCUCCCCGGGCUCCAGCCAUAAAUAGCUGAGAAGGAGAAAAACGGGAAAAAAAACCCCCAUCCCUUUUGUGGAGCCUUCUGCGGGAGUUCAGGAAUUUCAACAGAGUGAUCUUUUGGCAUAAACUGAUUUUUCAAGAGACAUUCCUGCCAUUAUGAAUGAAGUAGCAAUAGUGAAGGAAGGGUGGCUUCACAAACGAGGAGAAUACAUAAAAACAUGGAGGCCGCGGUAUUUUCUUUUAAAGAACGAUGGCACGUUCAUUGGCUACAAGGAACGACCGCAGGAUGUCGACCAGCGGGAAUCACCUUUAAAUAACUUCUCAGUAGCUCAGUGCCAGCUGAUGAAGACAGAACGACCUAAACCAAACACAUUUAUCAUUAGAUGCCUCCAGUGGACCACAGUAAUUGAAAGAACAUUUCAUGUGGAGACUCCAGAGGAGCGGGAAGAAUGGACAAAAGCCAUCCAAACAGUAGCAGACAGCCUCAAGAAACAAGAGGAAGAGAUGAUGGAUUUUAGAUCUGGCUCUCCCAGUGAUAAUUCAGGAGCUGAAGAAAUGGAAGUUUCUAUGACAAAGCCAAAACACAAAGUGACCAUGAAUGAGUUUGAAUACCUUAAACUACUGGGAAAAGGCACUUUUGGAAAGGUCAUUUUAGUUAAAGAAAAAGCAACUGGACGGUAUUAUGCUAUGAAAAUUCUGAAGAAGGAAGUUAUUGUAGCAAAGGAUGAAGUAGCACACACUCUGACAGAAAACCGUGUUUUACAGAACUCGCGGCAUCCAUUCUUAACAGCUUUAAAGUAUUCCUUUCAGACACAUGAUCGCUUGUGUUUUGUUAUGGAGUAUGCUAAUGGAGGGGAGUUGUUUUUCCAUCUGUCAAGAGAGCGUGUCUUUUCUGAAGACCGGGCUCGGUUUUAUGGAGCUGAGAUUGUUUCAGCGCUGGAUUACCUGCAUUCAGAGAAGAAUGUGGUUUAUAGAGAUUUGAAGUUGGAAAAUCUUAUGCUGGAUAAAGAUGGACACAUAAAAAUAACAGACUUCGGACUAUGUAAAGAAGGCAUCAAGGAUGGAGCAACAAUGAAGACUUUCUGUGGCACUCCAGAGUAUCUUGCACCAGAGGUGCUGGAAGAUAAUGACUAUGGUCGUGCAGUGGACUGGUGGGGUUUAGGAGUUGUGAUGUAUGAAAUGAUGUGUGGCCGGCUCCCUUUCUACAAUCAGGACCACGAAAAGCUCUUUGAACUCAUCCUUAUGGAGGAGAUUAGAUUUCCACGCACUUUGUCACCUGAGGCAAAAUCUCUCUUGUCAGGUUUGCUGAAGAAAGAUCCUAAGCAAAGGUUAGGUGGCGGUCCUGAUGAUGCCAAGGAGAUUAUGCAGCACAAAUUCUUUGCUGGCAUUGUUUGGCAAGAUGUAUACGAGAAAAAGCUUGUACCUCUGUUUAAGCCACAAGUUACAUCUGAAACAGAUACAAGAUACUUUGAUGAAGAAUUUACAGCUCAGAUGAUAACAAUCACUCCUCCUGACCAAGAUGACAGCAUGGAUUGUGUAGAUAACGAGAGAAGACCUCAUUUUCCUCAGUUCUCUUAUUCAGCCAGUGGAACUGCUUAAUGUUUUGCAAUGUUUUCCCAUUCAGAAACAAAACAGACUGCAUUUUGGGGACCUUACUUCAAUGGACACUA